AUGGAUUUAUCACAAUUGGACUUGAUUUCACAACACGAAGAUGAUUGUUCAUUGACACAUAUUGAACUUGAUGAUGUUGUGCCCAUUGAAAUGGACCUUCAAAAUGAUGGAAAUGAAAUUGUUGCUAAUGACCAAUUGAAUGAUGGUGUGGAUAAUUGUCGGUCCAAGGCCAAGCUCAUAGAUGGAGAUAAAGUUGUUGAGGAGCCUAAGAGCGGUAUGCUAUUUGGCUCCAUAGAGGAAGUCGUUGACUAUUAUAGGAAUUAUGGAAAGCAAGCGGGCUUUGGUGUGACACAAAAGAAGAAGAAAAAGUAUGAAAAUGGAGAUGUACACUACAUCAGUCUGACAUGUGCUCGCGGAGGCAAAGCAUCAUCCAGUUCAAGUAAUAACCUGUGCAAGGCUAGCAAAACAAGCAAAACGGGGUGUCAGGCUACUUUGAAUGCAACGUUAGUGGAUACAUCGUGGUAUGUGACAAAUGUAAAUCUAGGGCAUAAUCACGACUUAAGCCCAGGUAAAGCGAGAUACUUUCGGUGUAACAAGAAGUUGGAUCCUGCUACGAAGAGAAAGCUUGAUAUAGAUGAUAGAGCUGGAAUCCGCACCAAUAAAAUUUAUAACGCACUAGCCGUUGAAGCGGGGGGUUAUGAGAAUCUUACAUUUGGAGAGAGAGAGUGUCGCAAUUAUAUUGCGAACUCAAGACGCCUUCGCCUUGGUACAGGAGGUGCCGCAGCACUUCGUGACUAUUUCAAUAGAAUGCGGAACGUAAAUGAUGAUUUUUAUUUUGAUAUAGAUGUGGAUGAUGAGUGUCGGCUGAGAAAUGUUUUUUGGGCUGAUGCACGAAGGGCGGCAUUAAUUUCAAGUGAGGAUACGGAGUCAUUUGUUUGGUUGUUUGAGGCAUGGUUGAAAUGCAUGAAGGGCCGUGCGCCAAGGGCAAUUAUUACAGAUCAAGAUAGGGCCAUGAAAAAUGCUAUUAAGAAGGUGUUUCCGAAUGCUCGUCAUAGAUUUUGUUUAUGGCAUAUACUGAAAAAACUUCCGGAAAAGUUUGGAUCACAUUCACAAUACUAUGCCAUUAAGAGUGCCAUAAGAAAUUGUGUGUAUAAUUCUCAUACAUGUGACGAGUUUGAUGCAUGUUGGCAGAGUAUGCUUGAGUGUUAUAAUCUAGAGGAGAAUGCAUGGCUGCGUGGUUUAUACAGUGAAAGGACUUUUUGGGUACCAACAUAUUUGAAUGAUGUAUUUUGGGCCGGCAUGACUACGACACAACGUAGUGAGAGUAUGAAUGCCUUUUUUGAUGGUUAUGUGCAAUCGUCCACCUCAUUGAAGGAAUUUGUGGAUCAAUACGAUAACGCUUUGCGCAGGAAGGUUGAGGUUGAGAAUGUUGCUGAUUUCGAUUCCUUCAAUACCACCAUUUCAUGUGUGAGCCAUUGGCCCUUUGAGAAGCAAUUCCAAAAAAUUUACACCCAUGCAAAGUUUAGAGAAGUUCAGAAGGAGAUUUCAUCGAUUAUGUAUUGUGGUUCUUCUCUUUUAAAAAGUGAAUGUGGAAUUCGUACCUAUCAGGUGAUCGAACAGGUAGAAAUUAAUGAAUCCUAUAGGAAAAAAAUCGUUUUUAAUGUUUGCUACAAUGGCCUUGUAUGUGAAGUGAAUUGUAGUUGCCGUUUGUUUGAAUCAAGAGGAAUUUUGUGCAAACAUGCCAUAUCCGUGUUGACUACAUUUGAAGAUGUCGAUUUCUUGCCCGAAAAGUAUUUUCUAAAUCGAUGGAGGAAGGAUUUGAAGCGGCCAUAUAAGUUAAUCAAGAGUAGUUAUGAUCCUUUGAGUGGCAACCCUACUGCAGAUCGAUAUGCUGAACUGAGCAACAAUGUGCUGAAGUUAGCCGCUAUUGCAGCACCAAACGUGGACCAUUGCAUGGAAUUGCAAAAGUAUGUUGAUAUGCUAAUUAAGAAAUUUAGCGGUUCAAGCUGUGAACAAAGUCAACCUUCCCAAUCACUCCCAAGUGCAAAAGAUCUCCCAAGUGCACCUAUGAUCGAUAAUGGAGCCAUGGAUUGUAUGGAGGUGGAGAAAAGUGUCUGUGGUUGA